AUGCACGUACACAUAUCUAUCUAUCUAUCACUGUUUGUUUUAUCUAUCUAUCUAUCUAUCUAUCUAUCUAUCUAUCUAUCACAGUCUGUUCAAUCUAUCUAUCUAUCUAUCUAUCUAUCUAUCACGGUCUAUUCAAUAUAUCUAUCUGUUCAUCACAGUUCUGUCUAUCACAGUCUUUUCAAUCUAUCUAUCUAUCUAUCUAUCUAUCUAUCUAUCUAUCUAUCACAGUCUGUUCAAGCUAUCUCUUCAUCACAUUUCAGUCUAUCACAGUCUGUUCAAUCUAUCUAUCUAUCUAUCUAUCACGGUCUAUUCAAUCUAUCUAUUCAUCACAGUUCAGUCUAUCACAGUCUUUUCAAUCUAUCUAUCUAUCUAUCUAUCUAUCUAUCUAUCUAUCUCAAUCUGGGUGAUAGGAGACACAGUGGAAUCGACGUGGUGGCCAAAGUAUUUGCAGUGCUUCUCCUGCGAAGAUUUCAAGGCAUCCGUGAUCUGCGAACUCGCCCGUCUCAGGGUGGCUUCCGCCCAGGCAGAGGCUGUGUUGAUCAGAUCUUCAGCCUGCGGCGCACCCUCGAACUACGCUGGGCAUACCAGCAACCAACAAUCCUUUGCUUCGUCGAAUUUGCGGCUGCUUUCGACUCCGCUGAUAGAGGCUCACUCUGGCGUAUCAUGGAGGCCGAUGGCAUGUCCGCUAAACUUCGUCUCUUCAAUGGCUACUACCGGUCGACGCGAGCCCGUGUUCGUGCUUAUGGUGAGGAGUCGGAGACGUUUGAGGUGAGGACUUGUGUGUGGCAUGGGUGUGCCCUAUCCCCUACCCUAUUCAACUAUACAAUCGACUACAUCCUCGGCAAGGCCCUUCGGGACUACGCUGGAGUUGCGGUUGGUCAGGGUGUCUGA